AUGGCUCAAGGGAACUUGAAACUAAAAUCUAAAGGUCCAGCCAGAGUAACAAAGAAACAACAAAAUCCCAAAAGAGCAGCUCCAAAGAUCAUCAAGCCCAAAAAGCAAACAGCAAAAGAGGCACAAAAAUUGACAAAGAUCCAUCAAGGUCAGUUGAUGAAAAGUACCGAAAAGUUGAUUGCAAGUAGAGUCGGCCAUUUAGAAUUAUUGAAGGGCACAAGAAGAGAAAUAGAAAAGGAAAACAAAGCGGAUGCUAAGAAGAAGAAGAAAUGA